CCUCGCCCGCCUCCCUCCGCUCGUUCCUCGCCCUGCCCUUUCUCCUCUUCCUCCUCUCCCCCUUCUCUUUCUCCUCCUCUCCUCCUCUCGCCACCGCCGCCGUCGUCGCCGUCGUGACUUCGAGUGGUUUCCCCUUUCGUUGCACAAAGCAGUCGCCUGGUCAAGAUUGUGAAGCGGCUGAGGUGGGGGGGCCGGCCCCGCUCACAUGGACCCCGCCAGGAUGUCUCGGGGCCGGCCGGCCUCGCACGGCCGGGCCGGCGUCGCGGGCCCCGCGCUGUGGCGGGAGUCGCACGGACACGGACCUCCGAUAGCGACGAUCGGCGCCGGCGAGGAAGUGCCCACGGUCAUCGGAGUCGACGAGUAUGACACGAAGCCCAAGUCUGGAGGAGACUCGCCGAGGGAUGAGGCCACGGAUUCCUCGUGGAGCCCGGCAGAGGUGGAGGAGAGCGGAGACGGCGACGACGUGCUCGACGAUCACGAGCUGCACCACCAGCAGCAGCACCACCACCAGCAGCACCACCACCACCAGCAGCAGCAACAGCAGCCCGAGUGCCCCGAGUGCGGCAAGCUGUUCGCCAACGACCGCACGCUGCAGCGCCACCGGCGCACGCACUCGGGCGAGCGCCCGUACGCCUGCGGCGAUUGCGGCAAGAGCUUCCCGCUGCUGUCGACGCUGCGCGACCACCAGGCGACGCACACCGGCGAAUGGCCGCACGUGUGCGAGCAGUGCGGCAAGGGCUUCGCGCGCGUCCAGAAGCUGCGCAAGCACCGCAUGACGCACACGGGCGAGCGGCCGCACCCGUGCCCGCACUGCGGCAAGGGCUUCGCGCAGCUCUCGAGCCUCAAGCGGCACGUGGGCACGCACGCGGGCGAGCGGCCGCACGCCUGCGACGAGUGCGGCCGCGGCUUCGCGAGCGUCUCGAGCCUCAAGACGCACCGGCGCACGCACUCGGGCGAGCGGCCGCACGCCUGCGGCGAGUGCGGCCGCGCCUUCUCGCAGGCGUCCACGCUCAAGGAGCACCGGCGGACGCACACUGGCGAGCGGCCGCACGCCUGCGACGAGUGCGGCAAGGGCUUCUCGAGCGUCUCCAACCUCAAGAAGCACCGGCGCACGCACACGGGCGAGCGGCCGCACGCCUGCGGCGAGUGCGGCAAGCGCUUCUCGCAGACGUCGACGCUGCGCGAGCACCUCGAGAUGCACACGGGCGAGUGGUCGCACGUCUGCGACGAGUGCGGCAAGGGCUUCUCGCGCGUCACCAACCUCAAGAAGCACCGCAUGACGCACACGGGCGAGCGGCCGUACGUGUGCACGGCGUGCGAGAAGAUGUUCGCCAGCGUCACCGACCUCAAGAUCCACCAGCGCGUGCACACUGGCGAGCGCCCGCACGUGUGCAAGGAGUGCGGCAAGGGCUUCUCGCGCGUGCACGACCUCAAGCUGCACAAGGGCACGCACCGCGGGGAGAAGCCCUACGCGUGCAAGGUGUGCGGGACGGCCUUCCAGAACCGCUACUUCAUGAAGAGGCACCAGAAGGAGGAGCACGAAAUGAAGGAGACGGAGAAUUGACGGGCGUUCGCUGGGCGGGGGUUGGGGCUCGGCGGCACGGCGCGGGCGGUUUGUGCUUUAGCGUCUCAUCCUUUUCGUCUUCACUUUUCCCCCGAUUGUUGAAACGGUUCGAAACGGUCGGCGGCCCCCGCGCGAACCACCGCCUGUCCGUUGGCUCGCGGGCAAGGCCUACACGGCGCCUCGUGCUACGUUUGCGCGGUUGCAUUUUCUUUAAAAAAAAAUUUCCUCCGUCGUGAGAAGCGUAGCGCUGCUCCGCAGCCCCCCGGUGUUCGUGUUGCCGCGGGUCAGGGAACCGGUCCCCGAGGGCGUCGCCUUCCACCGGCGUCACCCCGCGGACGGGGACCGGACUCGGGCUCGCCGGCUCUUCGCGGUCGCGGUGCGCUGUGACCCCCGCCCCCCGCCCCCUGCCCCCCCGCGCCCCCCCUGCCCCGCCGCCCGCCCCCCGCCGCCUCGCACGCCGCUUAGUUUGCGAUCUGGUUAAUUCGGUGGCGUUGUGGGGUGUUUCGUGUGCGUCGUGUGUGGUGUGUGUACGUGUAGUGGUGUGUGUACGUGUAGCGGUGUGUACGUGUA